AGCAGAAGCCAGCCACAGGGUGAGCCAUGAUUCCAGUCACAGAGCUACGUUAUUUUGCCGACACCCAGCCAGCGUACCGCAUCCUGAAGCCUUGGUGGGACGUUUUUACGGAUUACAUCUCUAUAGUAAUGCUGAUGAUUGCAGUAUUCGGAGGGACGCUGCAGGUCACCCAGGACAAAAUGAUUUGCUUGCCUUGCAAAUGGGUAACCAAAGAUGGUUGCAACGACUCUUCCAGGGAUUGGACGCCUGCAAGCCCAGACUUGAGUUUCUAUAAUUCUUCUCUGGUACCACCUCUGGACCCUGGUCCAACAGGGAUUAAAUAUGAUCUUGACAGGCACCAGUAUAACUACGUGGAUGCCGUGUGCUAUGAAAACCGCCUUCAUUGGUUUGCCAAGUAUUUCCCUUACCUGGUGCUUCUACACACACUUAUCUUUUUGGCUUGCAGCAACUUCUGGUUCAAGUUUCCAAGGACCAGCUCCAAGCUGGAGCAUUUUGUCUCCAUCCUGCUGAAGUGCUUCGAUUCGCCUUGGACGACAAGGGCUCUGUCCGAGACCGUGGUGGAGGAGAGCGAUCCCAAGCCAGCCUUUGGAAAAAUGAAUGGUUCCAUGGACAAGAAAUCCUCCACAGUCAGCGAGGAUGUGGAAGCCACGGCCCCUAUGCUGCAGAGGACUAAGUCUCGGAUCGAGCAAGGGAUCGUGGACCGCACGGAGAAUGGCGUUUUGGAUAAGAAAGAGGGCGAGCAGGCCAAAGCGCUGUUUGAGAAGGUCAAGAAGUUCCGCACACAUGUGGAAGAAGGAGACAUUGUUUAUCGCCUCUACAUGAGGCAAACCAUCAUAAAAGUGAUAAAGUUCAUUCUCAUCAUUUGCUACACUGUCUAUUACGUCAAUAGCAUUACCUUUGACGUCGACUGCAAAGUGGACAUAGAGAGCCUGACUGGCUACCGCAUGUACCGCUGCGCUCACCCUCUGGCUACUCUCUUCAAGAUCCUGGCUUCCUUCUACAUCAGCCUGGUGAUCUUCUAUGGCUUGAUUUGCAUGUACACCCUCUGGUGGAUGCUCCGGCGGUCCCUCAAGAAGUACUCCUUCGAGUCCAUCCGAGAAGAGAGUAGUUACAGCGACAUCCCUGAUGUCAAAAACGACUUUGCGUUCAUGCUGCAUCUCAUCGACCAGUACGACCCUCUCUAUUCCAAGCGCUUUGCGGUCUUCCUCUCAGAAGUCAGUGAGAACAAACUAAGGCAGCUGAACCUCAACAACGAGUGGACCUUGGAAAAACUGCGCCAAAGGAUCACCAAGAACUCCCAAGACAAGCUGGAGCUCCAUCUCUUUAUGCUAAGCGGCAUCCCGGAUACUGUCUUUGACCUCAUCGAGCUCGAAGUCUUAAAGCUGGAGCUGAUUCCCGAUGUCACCAUCCCGCCUAGCAUUGCUCAGCUCACCAGCCUCAAGGAAUUGUGGCUGUAUCACACGGCGGCCAAAAUAGAGGCCCCGGCCCUUGCCUUCUUAAGGGAGAACUUAAAAUCUUUGCACAUCAAAUUCACAGACAUCAAGGAGAUACCACUGUGGAUUUAUAGCUUAAAGACUUUAGAGGAGCUCCAUCUGACGGGAAACCUGAGUGCAGAAAACAACCGCUAUAUCGUCAUCGAUGGCCUCAGAGAACUGAAAAGACUCAAGGUACUGCGGCUGAAGAGCAACUUGACCAAGCUACCGCAGGUGGUGACCGACGUUGGCGUGCACCUUCAGAAGCUCUCCAUUAACAAUGAGGGCACCAAGCUCAUCGUCCUCAACAGCCUCAAGAAGAUGGUCAACCUGACGGAACUGGAGCUCAUCCGCUGCGACCUGGAACGCAUCCCUCACUCUAUCUUCAGCCUCCACAACCUCCAAGAGAUUGACCUCAAAGACAAUAACCUCAAGACCAUUGAAGAGAUCAUCAGCUUCCAGCACUUGCACCGUCUCACUUGCCUUAAGCUCUGGUACAACCAUAUCGCCUACAUCCCCAUGCAAAUCGGCAACCUCACCAACCUGGAGCGCCUUUACCUGAACCGCAACAAGAUCGAGAAGAUCCCCACCCAGCUCUUCUAUUGCCGGAAGCUUCGAUACUUGGAUCUCAGCCACAAUCUCUUGACGUCCAUACCAGCGGACAUUGGACUGCUGCAGAACCUGCAAAAUCUAGCUGUGACAGCCAACAGGAUUGAGACCCUCCCGCCGGAGCUGUUCCAGUGCAGAAAGCUUCGGACUUUGCACCUGGGGAACAACGUGUUACAGUCUCUGCCUUCCCGGGUGGGUGAGCUGACCAGCCUGUCCCAGAUAGAACUGCGGGGGAACCGCCUGGAGUGCCUGCCGGUGGAGCUGGGCGACUGCCCCUUGCUGAAGCGCAGUGGACUGGUGGUGGAGGAGGACCUCUUCAAUACCUUGCCCCUGGAGGUCAAGGAGAGGCUGUGGAGGGCGGACAAGGAACAAGCCUGAAAUGAACCA